UUCCCCCUCCAUAAACUUCAUUGCUCGAUUGCCCUGAUUCGUGACCCAGACCGUUUGGUUUAAGGGAUACUGAACUGAUAAAUGAUUCUACUGGUUUUCAUAAUAUUAACUCUACGACCUGGAGUCGUAUGGGCCUUGAACAUCACCUUCCCUACCCCUCCAACCGCUCCUCAAAACAAUCUAUUUCUCUGGCAACGGGAACAGUUCGACCCCACUGGCCGAGUUUGGUUAAGACUCCAAAAGCUAGAUGAUCCGAGUGGCACUACUUCUUGGUCUGACAACGCUGUGGAGUUGGAUUUGACAGCCCCAGGUGGAAAUGCGUCGCUAGACUUUAACAGGACAGGGUUAUUCAACAUUGGUGUCUUCAAAGAGAACGACAACCCGAACAAUGUCAGGUUGCCAACAGAAACACUGCAGUUCACUGUAUCUGCGAAUCCCACUUCAGCUGGUGCUGUAGUUCCUUCGUCUACAUUGAAUACAAGCUCCAAGGUCUCCCAAUUGCUCCCUUCUACAUCCGCUUAUGUAUCCGUACAACUCGUAUUUAGCCCUGGCACAAUCACCGCUAUUACGGUGGGGGUGUCCGUGGCAUUGCUUGUGGCUGGAGUACUGGUCGGCGUUCGCUACCAAAGAAAGAAGGCAUCACUGUCUCGUUCUCUCGAGGAUCCGGAAGGCAAACCUGCACACAUAACUCCCUUCACUUCACCCGCAUUCUCAACAAGGGAGACCGAAAAGGAACCUUUGGUACGGAGCCCCGGUUCACCUACCAAUUCUUCAGAGGAGACGUCAGAUAAUACAUUAAAUAGCCCCGGGAAUACGCAGGUUAAUGUGCCGGGGUGUGAGAUUAUCCAACACGAAGACAGUGGCUUGAGACUACCGGCAACCCCGACGUCAAAGAGUGACUAUUCCCGACCGGUAGAGCUACCUCCGUCGUACACCUUCUUCUGA